CUGGGUUUUAGACAAAAACUUUCCACAUGCACUACAAGCAAAAGUCAAUGAUUUUACAAAUGUCACACUAUGCUUUUAGAACAAAAAAGAACAGAAAAAAACGCUGCUGACAAACCAGUGUAUGUCACAAUGAACAAACAAUGUCAAGACCUCCAAUUGUUAACCCCUUCACCCUUUCUGUGACCCCUGCGCUGUACGAGAAACAGCUGCUGAAAGGAUUUCUGAGCCCAAUGGCCCCUGGAAAUGUGCACAGUCCCUCCAUAUUCUGUGCAUUUCUAUGGCAUUGCUGCUGGCUCAGGGGUUUUAGACAAAGGGCCGGUCUGUGGCUCAGGUAUAAAAGCAAAGGGUUAAACCAGGUACGGUACAGUUUGGUGCAAGAGGAAGAACAGCAGCAGUUCCAACAGCAGCAGCAGCAGCAGCAGCCCACCGACCAGCAAAAUGACUUCCACUGGAAUGAACAUGAUGAGCAGGAUCAUCUUCUACGAGGAGAGGAACUUCCAGGGUCGUUCUUAUGAGUGCAUGAGCGACUGCCCAGACAUGUCCUCCUACCUGAGCAGGUGCCACUCCUGCAGGGUGGAGAGAGGUUGUUUCAUGGUGUAUGACCGCACCAACUACAUGGGCAACCAGUACUUCAUGAGGAGAGGCGAGUAUGCCGACUACAUGAGCAUGAUGGGCAUGAGCGACUGCAUCAGGUCCUGCCGCAUGAUCCCCAUGUACAGGGGAUCCUACAGGAUGAGGAUCUACGAGAGGGAGAACUUCGGAGGUCAGAUGUAUGAGCUGAUGGACGACUGUGACAACAUCAUGGAUCGCUACCGCAUGUCCAACUGCAUGUCCUGCAACGUGAUGGAGGGCCACUGGCUGAUGUACGAGCAGCCCCACUACAGAGGCAGGAUGAUGUACAUGAGGCCUGGCGAGUACAGGAACUUCAUGAACAUGGGCGGAAGUGGCAUGAGGUUCAUGAGCAUGAGGCGCAUCACCGACUCCUGCUAUUAGACCCUCUAUGCACUAAAUAAAGCUGUCAUAACCUGA